CGCUUAUAUAAGCUGUAGGCGUGCGUCAUAAUGUAGUCUCGCGAGACUGUGACAAAACUCCGUGAGAGCAGGCCGGUAGGAUCGGUGGAGCUGUGUUUUGGAACAGCGUUCUGGAGCUGCGGGUGUUAUGAAGAUCGGGUUUUCGCGGAACAGUUGGGAGAUUACUUUCACGUUCAGAAUGUGGCGGAAAAAUGAAAGCACAUAGAAAACCCUUCCAUUGUAAAAGAGCCCGAGCCUUUGCCUCGUCCCAGUCAUGGGAGACACGAGUUGGAGGAUUUAACUUGCAUUACCAUUUCACAAACCAACACAAUGUUUUCCCACUCCACAGGAAAAUCACAGGCCCUGCCCAAAGAAGACUUGCAUUUGCUGUCAGAACAAAAACAAAACCCAUUUCCUUGAAAAACAUUCAUAGAUUUCUUGGGGUUCCUUGUAAAGGAAGACAAUUCCUUAAGUUCUCAUUGGGGCGAAAGAUUGUGAGAAGAAACAGUUUGGCUCCUCAGCAGAUUGCCUUGCAGGGAGACACACAGAAGGCAGCACCAAAUAAAUUAAACAAGGACAUUGGCAAUAAGAUAAAAUUGCAGUUAAAAGAAGAAACCUCUCAGACUCUCCGUAACGAUGAAAGAAAGAAAAACAUUGUGAUCUUCAACAGCCGCCGACGAAAACCUUCCUCUUCCGUACAGCAAAAAUGCUUUGGCGCUCCAAGCCUAAUGGGAAGGUGCAAUUUGUUAUCUAAGGGAAGGCUCCUUUUAUUUAUGAUGCAUAAAAAGCUUUCCCUGUUCACAAUUUACGGUAGAUUGCAAUUCCAAGCGCUCCGAAGGAGGAACAGGAACUUUAAAGCUGUAGAACCGAACAGGCAGCGAUAUCGGCGAGAUUUUUGGAGCCGCUGCAGGAGAUCGUUUCGAGACAAGUUUCACAAAACUGUUUCUUAUAUAAAGUCAAAGCUUCUGAGACCUGCGCAGGAUAUAAGCAGGCCAUCCGAUAUGAACAAUAAUACAUUGGGGAUUUUAUGUACAACGAACAGCUGCCUAAGAGAUGACACUGUUAACCUGCACAAUAUCGACGGUCAGAUUGUAAAUGUGGUUUCCUGCAAACCGGUGUUAAAAAUCAGCCAGCAUCAGCUGCAUGGCCCAGCUGCUACGUGGGGAAGUGGGAGCACAGUAUCUAGAAAAAUAAGUGACAUUCCUGCAGCAGCUGGUUAUCCAGAUGAUGUAUGUAUUUUGGGGACAGAAAAAGAAGUCUCUGUGUCAUGUCAGGAGGACACAGACACACAGUCAAGGGAGGGUGAUGAACUAAUGCAUAUGGCUCCCGAUAGGUUGCAGUUGUCCAUUAACGAUCAUACUGGAUGCCAGGCAACCGCUCCUGGGGAGAUGCAGGAAAACUGUCCUGAUUCUUCACACAUGGAUGUUGAAGAAUCCUCAAAAAUGGGUGUGUUUAAUACAAAGCUGUUGGAUCACCCUUACUGUAAGAGUCCACCGCAAGACACACAAGACUGCCCAUCUGAAGAGGCUUUACAUAUGCUAGCAAGAGACUGGGUGAAGAAUGGCCAGAACAUAAUCAGCAGUGUUUCAGAUGAGCAGCUAGCAUCAUUUAUUUGUGGCCUUCUGGAUGAUAUCAUAAAAAAAUAUGGAAGCCUGAUUCCAUUAUCAGAAAAAGAUAUAUUGACUUGUUUAAAGGAGUCUUUUAAAGAAGAUUUUUCCACCAGGAUAUCCUUUAUUAGUAAGGAGAUAACAAAGUACAGAGCCAAGCAUUCCAAAGCUCCUACAUGCAAUUUUCGUGUUUUCUAUAAUAAACACAUGCUUGAUAUGGAUGAUCUUGCUACUCUAGAUGGACAAAAUUGGCUUAACGAUCAAGUUAUAAACAUGUAUGGUGAGCUCAUAAUGGAUGCAGUACCUGACAAGGUACAUUUUUUGAACAGCUUUUUCCACAGACAGUUGGUUACCAAAGGUUACAAUGGGGUAAAAAGAUGGACUAAGAAGGUGGAUUUUUUCGAGAAGUCUCUGCUGUUAAUUCCCAUACAUUUAGAAGUGCAUUGGUCUCUCAUUACUGUGAAUAUCCCACAAAAAAUUAUUUCGUUUUAUGACUCUCAAGGCAUCCAUUUUAAGUUCUGUGUAGAGAAUAUACGAAAAUAUCUACUAACGGAAGCCAGGGAGAAAAACCACCCAGAGUUUCUUCAGGACUGGCAAACUGCUAUAACAAAGUGCAUUCCACAACAGAAGAAUGACAGUGACUGCGGUGUGUUUGUGCUUCAGUACUGCAAGUGCCUCGCUUUAGAUCAGCCUUUUCAAUUUUCCCAAGAGGACAUGCCUAGAGUGCGGAAAAGGAUUUAUAAAGAACUUUGCGAACGCCGACUCAUGGAUUAAACAUUAAAGCUUCAUUUCCUUUCCCUUGGAAUCAAUCUAAGCUCUACUUGAAUAGCAUAAUACUUCCACGACUUUGAAGAAAGAGAUUUAGAAGGGCAGUUUAUACCCUCCAUCGUUACCUCAGAUUUUUUUUCCCCCCCCCCAUUUCCACCUUUGGUCAGUUGUGGGAAAUGACAUUGGUUGGCUGUGAGACAUAAAAUUACCAUGAAUUAUUAA